UAUUUGAAAAUAGUAUUUGAUUUAAAUAUCAGUUGAAAAAUAACGUUGAAAGCCAUCACUGAACAGUUGAUACACUGAAGUGUCUGAAAAAUAAAUUUACAUAUAAUAGUCAAUACAUUAAUAGUUUGAACAGUAAUGGGUUGUUGCGGAUCAAAACAAGAAGAGGAAGCACCGGAACAACAACCGGAGACACCGGCCGUUGAAGACAAACCUCCGUCUCAGACGGCAGAAGAUGUGACGCCCUCUCAACUCGGAUCCAAACUGAAUGAUGAAUCGGAUUCAAAGUUAUUGGGACGACCAUCAGGUUCGGGAGUCGGUUCGUCCACCGGAUCUAAAAGUGGUUCAAAGACCGGCUCGAAAACGGGUUCUAAAACGGGUUCGAAAACGGGUUCGAAAACGGGAUCAAAAACAGGAUCAAAAACAGGUUCUUCUAUUGGUUCGUCUAUGGAUUCGGGCACCGGUUCUUCAUUAUCAAACACCGGUUCUAGUAGUGGUGGCGGCGGUUCUUCCAUCAGUUCAUCAAUAAGUUCUUCUGGUUCUAAGGCCGGUUCAUCACUUGGGUCGUCAACCGGCGGCUCAUCAAGAGUUGGCUCAACAAUCAUUUCUUCGAGAACUGGUUCGGCAAUUGGCGGAUCAAACAGUAGUUCGAAAACCGGCUCAAAAACAGAAUCAAAGUCGGGCUCAAAGACCGGUUCACAAAUUGGUUCCGAAUCGACAUCAAAGUCGGGCUCAAAGACAGGAUCUAAAACAGGAUCUAAGACAGGAUCAAAAACCGGUUCAAAGACUGGAGAUAGUAGUGAUACACUUGGAUUCACUUCGGGAUCAAAAAGUGGUUCAAAAACUGGAUCCAAGACUGGCGGCUCUUCAACGGGUCCUAAAACAGAUGAUACAGACAAACCGUGGACAAACACUGAGGGAUUAGACAAACCGCCGUCAAAAGCCGGCUCAAAGAUAUCAUCAAAAACUGGAUCAAAGACAACACCAGAGACUUAAAAGUAAUUCAAAAAACAGAGUAAAGACAACCAUUGAAUGGCAACUCAUGUAAAGAACCGUUCAUUAAAUGAUUAUUUUGUUUGCUUUUGUGUCGAAAAUAUGUUUUAAAUUAAAUCUCAAUUUGU